AUGGCCACCCAAGCUUAUAGCACUUGCGCCCUUCCUGAAGGUCUUCGCUACUAUCUUCUUCGCGGCAGUGUGAUGGUCCCGCUGGUACCAGUAGACCAGCUGCCGUUCCAACUACAAGGAAUCCCACGCCAGUUGACCCAUCGCCAGAUCUCAGAUGGAGCUUGGAAGCUUUGCUCAGAGACAAACGAGAUCCCUUCGGCUCUCCUGAUCCAAGCGCCCACAUCCAGCAGCUUCUCGCCUCGCUCCAUUACGACGACGCAGUCACGAUACCUGGCACCAGACCAUCAUGUACGUGCAGAGCCGCAAACAUUGCCCGUGAGCGAUACUCGUACCCCUCGACUUUCUCAUACCCUCCCAGCGAUCGUAAAUACGGCAGAGCCACCUCGUCCAACCCCUACCGCUACUAUCUCACGCCCAUCCUUACUCACCGACACCUUCGCCUCCAUCUACCAAAAAGAUGCACAGCGCCUCGGCUACCGCGUGCCCCACCCCUCUGGCAUCGAGCCUGACCCAUCCAAGAAAGAAUACUGCACACACUGGAUCAAGACCGGCGAAUGCGACUGGACAGCCAUCGGAUGCAAGUUCAAGCACGAGAUGCCCUGUAUCGAGAAGCUGCGUGAACUGGGCUUCGUUCGAGGCAUACCGAAGUGGUGGAGAGAGAAGUCUGCUAUCGGGCCCAGGCCGCCUACUUGGAUGCAGCGAAGGCUAGCGGCGAACGAGGAUGCAGAUCAGGGUGGGGUGAUAGAGGAAGCGAGAGUGUUUCCUGACCCUUCGACGUUUCGGACGAGGAGGAGUGAAGAGCGUGAUCUGCUGGGGGAUGAGGUGCAGCAGCCGCGUGGUAUCUUCAAGAGGAACGAGUCUCCUGGGCAGACUACAUCUGGACGACUGACCCCUCCGCCAUUGCCAGUUCAGGAACCAAUCCGUCGUGCUAGCCAGGUAUCAGACCUCCUCAUCGAUCUCGACGAUAAUCCUGCUCCUCCACCCAGCCCCGAGUCAUCUCGCGCUUCGGAAGCCAGUUCUGGGUUCAGUGAGAUGCAGAUCCCGUCCAGUCGCCCUUCUGCCUCGCCACCAUCAACUCCCAGCAUCGGGUGUAGUAACUUGUCACCGAUCGAGAACAAGACGCCACACAAACCCGUCGUCACCAAGAAGCAAAACGAGGACUCGAUCACCCGGCGCCACUCCCAGCUCUCAUGGGCCUCUGAUACCGAAGAUGACACCCCCGCUCCCACCAAGCCAUACCCCAAACCCCAUCGACCAGCCCAACAGCGACGCAAACCCGCUCCUCGCGGCGAUAGCAGACGCGCCGCCACAACUUCCACGACCCCGACUCCGACUAAGCAUUCCGGUCUUGCAGCUUCUAAGCACGCCACCAAUGAUCACGCUGUAAACAACAGUGCAAGCCACGGUAAGAACGCGAACCGUAAGGUUCACGGCAAACAUGUGGAAGAUGUUGGCGUACCAGAGCUACAUGCCAAGAUUGAGCAGUUGCGAAGGGAGGCGCAUCAGAAGGAGAGGGUGAGGAAGGGUGCUGUGAUGGCGGCACCUGCAGCUGGCAGACGAACAGCUGUGUGA